CACUGCUAUGAAACAAAACGGCUGUGACAAACUGUUGAGAUAAUAUAUCGCGCCGAGAAAAUACAAUUACAAUCAGAACGCGCCCUACCUACAUACUAAGAUGUUGAAAGAAUUAACAAAAUUUUCGCUUCAGCAUCGAACGUUGUAUUGUUAUGUGGUAUUAAGCAUAUGGAUAUUCUUAUUGAUAGCAGGGAUGUACAAGUACAUUGGAUCAAUAGAAAGGAAUAAUAACAGUUUGCUAACGAUUCAUGGAUUCGGGUAUCAAAAAACUAAAGAUUAUUUCAUGGAUGACGAGGAGUAUAUGAGUUCCUUGAUACCUAAGAGGCUGAUUAACCAAAGCGAGUGUACACACCCAAAGAUGUUGAUAGCUGGUGAUGAAGGAGGUUCUCUAGAAGGUUGGACUUUGCAAGGAGUACUACUACUUGUACGGCACGGUGACCGUGGCCCUAUGGCUCAUGUACGAGGUAUCAGUGGAGUUGAUUGUGGAUACGAGAAUGAUCCAGCUCUUAAUAGCAUGGAAAAUAAGUUGCGCUAUGUAGGAAGCACAUCGUUACACGAGAAAUUGUCGAUAAAGAUUGGAACACUUGAAGGAGAGAAUGUGGGAUAUUCGUACGAGAAUCUUAUCGCCCAUCCGCUUCUCAAAUUUUCCGGGAUGCACACUGAAAAAGUUCCGGCGCUUAAGGUGAAAAUACAAAUUUUCGACAAUAAUGUACCUGUUGGGUUAGCCGUAUGUACAUCACACAAGCAAUUCACCACCCGUUGGAGCUGGAACGAAUGGGUAUCUCUGCCACUCCGAUUUGCUGAUAUUUCUCGUACGGCUAUGCUCAGUUUCACAAUUUUUGACUGCGCAGGAGGUCGUGAACAGGCGACUGUCGUCGGAAGAACCUCAAUUUCGUUUUUUAGUUCCAAUGGCUUAUUUCGUCAAGGGUUAUAUGAUCUUAAGGUAUGGCCACAGAUGAAAUCCACCGAAUUUAGAACGUCGAUACCAAGUCAUUCCUUCAUCGCCGGAGUCAGUCAAAUGCAACGCCUCUCAAGAUUAGCGAAGGAACAUCGAAACGGUGAAAUGAACAAAGUAGAUUGGCUGGACAGGCUUACCUUCCGUGAGCUGGAGGUGAUAAAUGAAAUGGAGAAAAGAAAUUCCCAAUUUCUCUAUCUCAUGGUUGAGUUUCCCCAACUUUUCAUAGAUGAAAAACAGGACAUUUUAUUUUCUCUUCAGUACUCUAUAAUGCAUCUUGAGAUGAACGUGCAAUCAGUCGUUGCGUAUGUACCUAAGCCGAAGAUAGUAGUAGUACCCGAUUAUGAAAUUUAUCAGGAAAACUUAGUAGAACGUAAGCAUCAUCGUUUAUCGCGUUCAGCAAGAGCCGGAACAUCGGACAGGGACGUAAAACCCAAUGCAAUUGCCCGAGACACUCUUAAUUCAAUAGUUUAUCGCUAUUCACCAACAAACCCAUUAAACAGCGAAGAGCAAGAUAUUAUUUGGAAGUAUAGAUUCUAUCUUAGCAGUCAUAAAAAAGCCUUGACGAAGUUCCUAAAAUGCGUCAAUUGGGAAACGGCAACGGAAGUGCGCCAAGCUUUAACAUUGCUCGAAUGCUGGGCGCCAAUGGAUGUAGAAGAUGCGCUUGAAUUAUUAAAUUCCACUUUUCGUCAUCCCUCCGUCAGAUGGUAUGCUAUUACCAGGCUGAACGAGGCUUCGGAUGAAUAUUUAUUGCUAUAUUUACUUCAACUCGUGCAAGCCUUAAAAUAUGAAGCUGUGGAUGAUGCAAAUCAGCCUAUUCAUGAAGAAAGCGUUUCUGGGCUAAAACCGAUUUUUCAAACAUUCGAAACAUCAAGUGACACUAAUUCCUACGAAGAACAAUCGAUAGAAAAUCAAGGAAUACAAAAGAGUAAGAGAAAUAUCAGUAAUUUGGCCGCAUUUCUUAUAAAACGUGCCUGCAAGAAUUCAAUUCUUGCUAAUUAUCUUUACUGGUAUCUAACGAUUGAAUGUGAGGACGAAAAAAGCAGCAAAAAGGAUGUAACAAUUCAAGAGAUGUACCUUAGCGUGCUACGAGAUUUUUUAUCAAUUUUGUAUAAUGGUACGCCUGACAUGAAAAUAAUGCAUAACCAAUUAAAAGAACAGCAACAUUUCGUUGAUCGACUUGUUACACUUGUUAAGAUUGUGGCUAAGGAAUCCGGCAAUCGAAAACGAAAGACAGAAAAAUUUCAACAGUUUCUUAUCGAGUCAAGUUCGUCGAGUUCGGCGAAAAUGAACUUCAACCAAUUCGGCCCGAUAAUUUUACCGCUUGAUCCAAAUAUUCAAAUCGUUGGAAUAGUACCUGAAAAGGUGUCUUUGUUCAAGAGUGCGCUUAUGCCUUCAAAGAUUACAUUUCGUACUACUACUGGCAAAGAGUAUGAUGCUAUUUUUAAGCAUGGCGACGAUUUACGGCAGGAUCAACUUAUACUGCAAAUGAUUACGUUAAUGGAUAAAUUACUGCAGAAAGAAAACCUCGACCUUAAACUAACCCCUUAUCGAGUGCUUGCAACAAGUUCAAGGCAUGGUUUUAUGCAAUAUAUCGACUCAGUCACUGUUGCGGAUGUUCUUAACAGCGAAGGUAGCAUUCAUAAUUACUUUCGUAAAUUCAAUCCUUACGAAACAGGUCCUUUCGGAAUCAUGCCUGAAAUUAUGGAUACUUACAUUAAAAGUUGUGCUGGCUAUUGCGUUAUAACGUACCUUCUCGGAAUAGGCGAUAGGCACCUGGACAACCUACUGCUAACGACAUCAGGAAAAUUGUUCCACAUUGAUUUUGGAUACAUCCUCGGUCGUGACCCGAAACCAAUGCCUCCCCCAAUGAAACUGAGCAAGGAAAUGGUGGAUGCAAUGGGAGGAAUCAGCUCAGAAUAUUAUCACGCUUUUCGCAAACUUUGCUACACAGCAUUUUUGCACUUACGUCGACACGCGAACGUAAUGCUUAAUCUUUUUGGUUUAAUGGUUGACGCAUCCGUUCCCGACAUUGCGCUAGAGCCAGAUAAAUCUGUAAAGAAGGUAGAGGACAAUCUAAGGCUCGAUCUCAGUGACGAAGAAGCAGUGCAGCAUUUACAAAAUCUCCUCGAUAUUUCGAUCACAGCUGUUAUGCCCGCACUUGUUGAGCAAAUACACAAAUUAGCGCAAUAUUGGCGCAAAUAAUAAAACAAUAUUGAGAUUCUCGGCAAAAAUAAAUAUUGGGUGUACGUGUAUCUUUCAGAUAAUCACUUCGACCAAGCCAUUUGCGAUACAAUACGAGUAAAUCUGACGAAAAAAACCUUAUGCCACUGAUUCGAUUAAUUGUAGAAAAUUAUCUGAUUUGAUAAUCCAUAUACAGUGGUCGGCAUAAGUAAAAGCCCACCUCUAUGGUCCACCACAUUUCGCCUGUAAAUUCGUAAUUUUCGGUCGCAAAGGUCUUGUGAUUUUUUUGCUAGAAGCUCUAACUUUAUACUUUCCAAAUCACUUGCUUUGAGCUUGAUAGGUUUGAUAGUCUCUUUUAGAAAAUUCUUUAAGUGCGAGAUUAUGAUUGUGACAAAAGCAAAAGCCCAAUAAAUAUUAUUAGGACUCCGACAGAGC